UCUGGGCUCCUGCUGCGCUUCUGACUCCUUCUCCAGCAGUUGCUGGCAGUGAGGCUGAGAUGGAAGGACAGCCAGAAGUAGAGCCAACAAACGAAGAGCAGAUGGAUUGCGAAAGGGAACGUGCUGAGGAUGAAUGGAGGAGCUGGCAAAGAGGACAGGUUAGGAACACGCUGCACCUCGUGUCCGCGGUUGCUCAGUGGAUAUUACUGCUUGCCUGCCUGAUUUACCUUGGUAUAGAUUUUCUGCAGCCCUCAACGCCUCAGAGCGACGAAGUGCCGUGGACCCUCAUCCGGUACACAGGUGAAAGCAUCAAAGGAGUAGCCAUCAAUCUCACUGCUGAAAGAGGCUCUAUUCAGAUCAGAAAUGGUUCCAUCAUGAUCCCCUGUGAUGGCCUCUACCUGGUGUCCCUGACGUGUUCCCUCUACCUGGAAGAGGACUUGCUGAAGCUGACCCUGCAGAAGACACAGAAAUCUAAGAACAGUGCCCUCUGGACACAGACUGUCCAGAGCAGUAACAACACAGUAAAUCUCAUUGCAGUAAAUUUCACCACAGUGCUCUUCUUGUUCCGUGAAGAUAACGUCACCCUAUGCACUGACUCCAAAGCCAACAUCAAGGAUCUGUCGCUCAGCCUGGUGUUACAAAGUCCCCCUGAAGAAGCUCUCUGUUGGAGCUGA